AUGGCUGAGGACAGCACGGAUGUUUCCGGAGCCACCAGCAUGGGGGAAUCUCUCCCGCCGUCGACUGCGCCCGCCGUCAGUUCAGACGCGCCCCCCGUCAGCUCAGACGCACCCGCCGUCAGUUCAGACGCGCCCGCCUCGUCCGCCAGCAGUGAACCGCUUCUCCCCGCAGCCACCGCCGAGGCUCCCGCAACCAGCGCUCCCGUCGCGGAUGGCGACUCGGGUGCUCCCGCCGCCGCCCCUGACGCUGCCGGCGCAGGCGAGGCUAAGGCGCCGGGGUGGAAGUGGCGGGACGCGCUCUUGCCGCUGCAGGCGGGGCUGCAGGACUUCGACUACGACGCGAAGCACCAUUCCAAGGAGGAUCAGAGCCGUUGGCGCAAGAUGUCGCUCGUGCGCAACGCCGCGCGUCGCUUCCGCUACACGCACAACAUCACGCAGCCCGACCCCCGGGAGUCGGUGGCGAAUCGCCUGCGAGUGGGCGCGUCGGCGAUUAAGGCCGUCACGCGCUUCAAGUCAGUGCUCUCGCGGAUCUCCGACGCGGCGGUGAAGGCGGCGCGCGCGGAGGGCUUCGGGCUGUCGGCGAAGCAGCUGGAGGGGAUAAUGUCGGGGCAGGACGCGACGGGGCUGCAGAACUCGUACGGCGGCGUGGAGGGCAUCGCGCGGCGCCUCGACGCGGACCUGCGGCACGGCAUCACGGCCACGGAGGCGGACAUUGCGCGCCGAGUCAAGACGUUCGGCACCAACACGUACCCGGAGAAGCCGCCCAAGGCGUUCCUCGAGUUCGUUUGGGACGCCAUGCAGGACAUGACGCUGUGGAUCCUGGCGGUGUGCGCGGUGUUCUCGCUGCUCGUGGGCAUCGUGACGGAGGGGUGGCAGGAGGGGUGGUACGACGGCGCGGGUAUCCUGCUCUCCAUCCUGCUCGUCGUCUUCGUCACUGCCACCAGCGACUACCGCCAGUCGCUGCAGUUCCGGCUGCUGGACGCGGAGAAGAAGAAAGUGACGGUGGAGGUGCUGCGCGGGGGCGUGCGUCAGGCACUCUCCGUGUUUGACCUGGUCGUGGGCGACGUCAUCGUGCUCUCCACCGGCGACAUUGUCCCCGCCGACGCGCUCCUCAUUCAAGGGCACAGCCUGGUGGUGGACGAGUCGAGCAUGACAGGCGAGAGCGUGCCGGCGUACAAGGGCAAGGAGGCGCCGUUCUUCCUGGCGGGCACCAAGGUGCAGGACGGCCAUGGCACCGUGCUCGCCACGGGCGUGGGCAUGCACACGGAGUGGGGGCAGCUCAUGGCCAAGCUCACUGACAGCGGGGACGACGAGACGCCGCUGCAGGUGAAGCUGAGCGGGGUGGCGACGCUGAUAGGGCGAGUGGGGCUGUACGUGGCGCUGCUCGUGUUCUUCGUGCUCAUGUACCGCCUCCUGCGCUCCACCUCGCUCUGGGACUGGUCCUUCCACCACACCCUCGAGGUGGUGCAUUUCUUUGCCAUAGCAGUCACCAUCGUGGUCGUGGCAGUCCCCGAGGGCCUCCCCCUCGCAGUGACCCUCUCGCUCGCCUUUGCCAUGAAGAAGAUGAUGCGGGACAAGGCGCUCGUGCGCAAGCUUGCCGCCUGCGAGACCAUGGGCUCUGCUACCACCAUCUGCAGUGACAAGACCGGAACGCUCACGGCGAAUCAGAUGACUGUGGUACAGGCGUGGAUUACUGGCUCUGUGCAUGUGCUGCCGCCUCAAGACCCCACUGCUGCGCCUGCUCCCGUGGACCUCAGCCUGCCAGAGGCCCUCCGCACGUCGCUCCUCCUCAACUUCUUCCUCAACACCAGCGGAGACGUGCAGCUCCCCCCCGCCGACGCCCCCGCCAACUCCCCCCCUGUGCUGCUCGGCACCCCCACGGAGCAAGCCAUGCUUGCCCUUGGCCUGCGUCUGGGCGGCGAGUGGGCGGCGGUGCGCAGCAGCGUGGAGGUGCUGAAGCUGCAGCCGUUCAACUCGCAGCGCAAGCGCAUGGGCGCCGUGGUGCGCCUGGCGGAUGGGACUGUGCGCGCGCUCUGGAAGGGCGCCGCGGAAAUUGUGCUUGGUACUUGCACCCAGGCUGUCAGCAACGAGCAGGGCGAGGUCGUCCCUCUCGACCCCAGCGCCAUGGACUCAGUGGUGCUGGGCUUCGCAGACAAUGCGCUGCGCACGCUCACACUGGCCUACCGCGACCUGCAACCGGGGGAGAUCCCCGAGGGCGGCGUGUGGGGCGACCGCGACGAGAUCCCCGACAACGACCUCAUUCUGCAGGCUGUGGUGGGGAUUAAGGACCCUCUCCGCGCUGAGGUGCCGCUCGCCGUGCAGACCUGCAAGACCGCUGGGAUUGUGGUGCGCAUGGUGACGGGGGACAAUCUGAACACGGCCAUAGCCAUAGCGCGCGAGUGCGGCAUUCUGACGGAGACGGGCGAGGCUAUAGAGGGCCCCAAGUUCCGCCAGCUCUCCAAGGACCAGAUGAUGGCGCUGCUGCCCCGCCUCCAGGUGAUGGCACGAUCAUCCCCCACGGACAAGCACACGCUGGUGAGCGUGCUGAGGGAGAUGGGCGAGGUGGUGGCAGUCACGGGCGACGGCACCAACGACGCGCCCGCUCUCAAGGAGGCCGACAUUGGACUCGCCAUGGGCAUUGCCGGCACCGAGGUGGCGAAGGAGAGUGCGGACGUGAUAGUGAUGGAUGACAACUUCUCCUCGGUGGUGAAUGUGGCCAAGUGGGGGCGCAGUGUGUACGCCAACAUCCAGAAGUUCGUACAGUUCCAGCUCACUGUCAACAUCGUUGCGCUUGUCACCAACUUCGUCUCUGCCUGCACCACUGGCUCCGCGCCACUGACAGCGGUGCAGCUUCUCUGGGUGAAUCUAAUCAUGGAUACACUCGGCGCACUCGCCCUCGCCACGGAGCCGCCCGAUGCGGAGCUCAUGAAGGUGGGCCCGGUGGGGCGGCGUGCGCCCUUCAUCAGCGCCGUCAUGUGGCGCAACAUCGCGUGCCAGGCGGUGUUCCAGCUGCUCGUGCUGGGCGUCAUCAUGAUGUGGGGCAAGUGGAUCUUCGGGUUUGCGCACGCGCCCGACGCCCCGCAGCGCCUCGACACCAUUGUGUUCAACACCUUUGUCUUCUGCCAGCUGUUCAACGAGGUGAAUUCGAGGGAGAUGGAGCGCAUGAACGUGCUGCGAGGCAUGGAGAAGAACGUCAUCUUCCUCGGCAUCCUCCUCGCCUCCACCGCCUUCCAGAUCCUCCUCGUGCAGGUGCUCGGCAAGUUUGCCUCCACCGUGCCGCUCACCCCCUUCCAGUUCAUCGCCUGCAUUGUGAUCGCGUCGCUGAGCCUGCCAGUGGCGGUGGCUGGGAAGAUGAUAGAGCUGCCCAAGGCGCCCGUGAAGAUGCUACAGCAGGCGUCGCUGCACUACCGCGACGUGGCCCAGGACUUCAAGCAGAAGCGCCACGCGGAUUAA